AGCUCUCGUUAAAUUAUUGAAUUCUCGUUUGUUUCCAAGAUAAUAAUAAUAUUUAGUUAACGCAAUAAGAAGAAAAAGUUAGGUUAUAAAAGAUGGAAGACGAUGCAAGCAAAGAGCUGCCCUCGUCUGCCUUGGGUACACUCGAUUAUUGGGAGACAACGUACGCCACGGAGAUGAAGAAUUUUCAGGAUCACGAAGACAUCGGUGAGGUCUGGUUCGGCGGCGCAAACUCAGCCAGCGUCAUCAAAUAUAUUUGCACACAGUUGGCUUUGUCGAAGGAAUCGGACAGGAUAGUCGACCUCGGUUGUGGAAAUGGCUGGACGUGCGUGCAGCUUGCCAAGGCUGGCUUCAAAAAACUGUGCGGUGUCGACUACUCGUUGAAAGCCGUUGAACUGGCAAGGAAGAUUGCAGCCGACGAGGACCACCCGGAAAUCGAGUUUUUUGUUUGCGAUAUGGUUGACGGGGAAAAUCAGUUGAAAGGUACCAAGGAUUUUAAAUUCAAGUUGGCGCAUGACAAGGGCACGUACGAUGCUGUGGGCCUCUGUCCGGAUGAUCCGAAACAAAAGAGACGCAAGUACAUUGAAAACGUGCACUCUGCCAUCGAGGAUGGAGGAUUCUUCAUCUUGGUGUCGUGCAACUGGACGAAGGAAGAGUUGAUCGAGCACUUUCAGGACUACUUUGAAUUUUCACAGCAAAUACCAACGAAAACACUUUCGUUUGGUGGACAAACAGGUAACACUGUAACGAUAUUAGUUUUUGUAAAAAAAACAAGAGGGCAAUAA